AUGGGGAAGAAGACACGGGCGGUGUCGGGCCGGAGACCUAUCCUUCAACUUUCUCCGCCGGGACCCCGCGCUGCCACCCGAGAGGAGGCUGGCUCUGGUUCGGAGGAUGAUACAGAUUCCCAGAAGGUGAUAGCUCCUCCCGCCACAGGAAUGAUCCCAGAAGUCCAGCCUCCAGUGGUAAAGCCUACAGGUGGUCUUUGUCUGCUUGGGGCAUAUACAGACAGCGAUGAUGAAGAAGGAGACUUGUCCGAGAAGUCCAAACCUACUCCGGCUACAAAAGCAAAUUCAUCUGCUGACAUUGACAGUACUCUGGCCAACUUUCUUGCGGAGAUAGAUGCUAUCACAGCUCCUGCAUCAUCUGGAGGGGAAGAUACAGCCAAUUCUACAGCUCCUCCACCAACUCCUCCAAAGCCAGAUCCAAAAGAUUCUCACAGUGUGACCUCUGGUUCUCAUAAUGGAGCGGAUCCCAAUGCCACAGGGGAAAUAUGGCAUUACGACACUCAUUGUUCUCUCGCUGGAGCUGGAGUGGACAUGGGAGACUGGCAGAAGUGUGGGAUGAGAACACCGGCUGUUAUUACUACUGGAAUACUCAGACCAAUGAAGUGACCUGGGAGCUGCCUGAAAGUCUGGCUUCCCAAGUACAGGGGGCCCAAGGAUAUACAAACAGUAGUGAGUCUUCAGACUUUUCCAAUGUGGUUACAUCCUCCGAGUCUGUUCCAGAGGUAAAGGAAGAUAAUUUGGGCUUGGCUGCCAGCAGCGUGCCAGUGCUUCCCAAAAAGGAGCCAAAGAAGGAGUUGAAUGAUGGAAUCCAAGCUCUUUCCAACAAAGAGGAGGAAAAAGUGGGUGUGGCGGCAUCUCUGCUCGCCCCACUGUUACCAGAUGCUGUUAAAGAGGAGGAGGAUCGCUGGAGGCGACGAGUCAUAUGUAAAGAGGAUGUGGUUGAGCCUGCCUGUGAGGAGGAUGAAGACAUGGCUGCUGUCUGCACUGAUAGCGAGGUGGCUGCUGACGAACAGGUCCAGGAAGAUGUCUGCAGCACUGUGCAGUCUGGAGAGAGCGAGGAAGAAGGAGAGGAGCAGGAUACUCUGGAACUGGAGAGGGUGCUGGAGAGAAAGAAAGGCUGAGCUGCGAGCACUGGAAGAAGGCGAUGUCAGUCUUUCUGGGUCCAGCCCACGCUCUGACUUCAGCCAAUCGGAUGAAGUUCAGAAAGCGAAGCCUGUCUCUAGCAAGUGGAAGGUGUUUGUUCCAUCUGCCAGCCCUGAGUCAACCAGCCACAGCUCCUCCAAGACUGGCCGGGAAACACCAGAGACCGAAAUGGGGGCCGAAGCUGCAGAGUGUCCAGCUACUCCAAUAGAGCCAGAAAGUGACCCUGCACCAGUGAAAGCCACUCCAAAGCAAGAAGAUGGGGAAGAUGAUGAUCUGAAGUUCCAGAUUGGAGAGCUGGCUAAUAGUCUAAUCAGUAAACUGGAGUUUUUGGGCAUAAACAGGCAAGCCGUGUCCAACUUCCAUGUGCUGCUGUUUCAGACUGAGACUCGGAUCUCAGAUUGGAGGGAAGGAGCGCUCAGCGGAAUCUAUCUGAAACGUAAAUUGCAAGACGCAUCUGAACAAAUAAAACAGUAUGAAAUUAACGCCACCCCUAAAGGCUGGUCCUGCCACUGGGACAGGAAUCAUAGGCGUUAUUUCUAUGUUAACGAAAUCUCAGGAGAGUCGCAGUGGGAGUUUCCUGAUGUGGAUGAGGAAGAGGAGGGGUCUGCACCCCAAAAUAAAACUCAAGCAGCCUCUAAAUUGGCUGAAAAGGACAAGGUUGAAGGUGCACCGGCUCUUCCUCCGGAGCCACCAACAAGUAUCCCAGAUUCCAUCCCUGCUAAAACAUCAACUAGUGCACCAGUUGGUCAGUACUGGAACUACGGUCAGCAGCCC